UUAUACACUAAUUCAUAGACUUUAGAUUGAAACUAAAAACUUCAAAUCAUUGAUGAAGUUGCUGGCUUCUUAUGAAACCCCAGGAUUUGAUUUCUUUGAAGCGCAUAUUUUCAGCACUGUACUGGUUAUUUUUGAUUAUAUUUUGUCUUCAACAGAACGAUUUGAUCUUAAUUGGUUCACUGUACAUUGCUCAUCUUGUCAAUGGAAGUGGUCACCAAUUUCUGUUGACAGUAUAAUUGAGAGUGGCUGGUGGCCUGGUACCCCUGAAAAUUUUCAUUACAUAUUUAGUCAAGAUGUCUUUAAUUUGUGGGAUGCAUUUAGAAAGAGGAUGCCUGGGUCAUCACAAUCUGCUUUUGUAAGAAGUUUGGAAGAUAUUUCCAGCUCUAGAGGAAGGGAAAAUGUUAUCAAUUCAGUCACAUUCAGAAAAUCAUUUGCUGAAUGGAGCCAUUGCCAACAUGAAAUUGACCUUCUUCAUGAGCAGACAUGGAAAAAUUGCCCUCCUUGUAGUAUUGAUCAACAUUCAUGUCAUAUUGAUGGAAAUCAAAAAGUGUACAGAUUCAGCAAAGUACCAAGGGGUCCAGUCCAGUGUUAUUAUCGUGAUGUAUUGAUUGCAAACAAUAGUUUUGUGGACUCUCAUUUAAAAAGUCUUGGUUCAAAGUCAAUUCAGAAUGAAGAUAAUUCUUGUGGCGACACCCAUUGGAAAGCUGCAAAAAUGGUCUCCAAAUCAAAGAAAAACCAAGACGAGACCGGACUUGAAGUUGCUGGAUGCAGGUACUCGAUUGCUCAAGCUACUUUGAACAUGUUCAGAGGAGAAAUUUAUGGCUAUGCUCACUACUUGCAUAUCAUUUUUUUACAACCCCAUAAAGAUAAAUAUAUGUGGGAAGAUAUUAUAUGCAAAUAUUGGCCUUGGGCUCUACGUGUUACAUCGGAAGAAAAUCAAAAUGCGCUAAGAAAUAUUGCACCAGCACUGCCUAUAAUGCAUGGGAAAUCACACAGUUGGUCACUAUAA